AUGUCCAUCAAGUCGCAGAGUGUUCGCGUGGGAAUCGUCGGCGGCGGCGCGGCCGGCAUCAUCACGGCCAAGUGUCUGCGCGACGUGGGGCACGAGGUCGUUGUGUUCGAGAAGGGUGCCAAUGUGGGGGGCGUAUGGAAGUACGACGAGGCUGCGGAUGCCCCGUCAUCUGUGCUCUACAAGUCGCUGCACACGAACUUGCCGACGGCCAUCAUGCAGCUGAAGGAGUUCCCGUUCCAGAAGGGGGUGCCUAGCUUCCCUUCGCAUGCCGACGUGCUCAUGUACCUGCAGAACUACUCGAAGCACUAUGAGGUGGAUAACUUCGUGCGUCUGAACUCGGCGGUCACGAGUCUGUCAAAGGUCUCCGGCCAGUGGAAGAUCGGCGUGACGUCCAAGAAGAAGGGAGCGUACGAAGAAGAGUUCGAUCGCGUGGUCGUGUGCAAUGGCCACUUCUCCAAGCCAUCGCUGGCCCCCAUCAAGGGAAUUGAACACUUCAAAGGCAACGUGUCCCACUCGCGAGCGUACCGUACGCCGACGCCUUACAAGGGCAAGCGUGUUGUGGUGAUUGGACGGGGACCUUCAGGCCAAGAUAUUUCACUUGAGCUGGCCCGACAUAAGCGCGUGCUGAAACCUGCCAUUGAUCACAUUGCUGAAGAUGGUUCGGUGGUGUUUACCGACGGAUCCUCGAUUUCGUCCGUGAAUGAGAUCAUGCACUGCACGGGGUACUUGUACACGGUGAAGGACUUGUUCCCCUCCGAGCUGCUGUUUCCUCAGGCGUUCGUCCGGCCUAACAGCAUGAACGACGAGGUUGCUGCUGACUUGCUGAGCUGCACGACUAACGGAACUGCAGUUGCUCCCGUCUACAAGCAAUUGUUCGCCAUAGAGGACCCCACGGCUGCCUUCAUUGGUCUCCCUUUCAGCAACCUGCCGUUCCUCUGCUUCCAGCUUCAAGCUCGUUGGGUCGCACGCGUAUUCGGCGGGUCGGCGCUCCUUCCAUCAAAGGAGGAGAUGUACGAAGACUUCUACGCCUACGUCGGAACCCUGAAGGAUGGCGUGAGGAAGCUGCACCAGCUCGGAGCGCGCCAGAAGGACUAUUUCACUGAGCUGGCGGCGCUCUCCAACUUCGAAGUUGGCGAAGAAAUCCAUGAGAUCUACGAGGACGCGCGAUUCCUGCGGACAAACUUCCCGUUCAACUACAGAACUGCCGAGUUCCGCCAAGACCCGGUCACCGGGAAGUGGGUGCGCCGUAUCACGAACUCGGAAUCGUCGGAGCUUGUCGAGGAAUUCUCGGGGUGA